AUGGACUCAACGGGGCACCCUCAAUAUCUCCAAAAUCUCCUACCAAACCUACCAGAAGAGCUAGCAACCACAGUCAGGGCUCUCUGCUCACAGCCCAACACAGGGUCCUUCCUCGAGGAAUUCCUCCGUUUCGUAGUUGGAGCCGAGCCCACCCCAACCGCUUCAGAAUCGCUCAGGAAGGAAUGGCAAUCCAAACAGACUAUAGCUCGAGGAAACAUACUUAGUCUCCUCGGACCCUCCCACUCCCAGCCGGACGGUCGAAAACGGGGGUUAAAUGACCAAGAGACAGGCGGGGACUCGUCCAAACGACAACGCCUAUCUCCUGGUCCAGAGGCAGCACCCGACACACCCGUCUUCACCCUCCACUCCGUAUCCACCACGUCCCCAGUGCGCAAGAAAGCUGACAUAACAAUCGGCAAAACAACGAUCACAUUCAAACACGCGACAUCCGGGAACCUAGAAGCCACAAUCCCACUCUCCUCCAUUCGACGCGCCUUCCUCCUCCCCACACGUGGCAAAUCCAAGGCACACUGGACUAUAGUCUUGUUGUCCACAGAUACGGUUGAUACGUCCAAGUCUACCAGUGCGAAUGCGCAGGAUAGCCCACAAAUCAUCUUUGGAUUGGACGCUACGACCACGGCUCCGCUCAAUACCACCACUUACACUUUGGACGGAGCGGGAGAGGCGAAGAAGGCGAGCACGCCCAAAGGGCAACCCUCACUACCAUCUAUCCGGGCUUUCCUCUCGCACCUCCCUAAAUCCGUCAAAUUCCACGAACCAUCCACCGAUGUAUUCAAGAGCGCGUGUAACGGUAUCGGUUCGAACGCGUCUACCACAGGCAUUCCAGGCGUCGAGGCCUACCGCGCUGCCAAGCAGGGCAAUCUCUGGUUCAUGAAAGAAGGCAUCCUGUGGGGCGAGAACAAACCAUGCGAGUUCUGGUCUGUAGAGGAUCUCAUUAACAGCGUGGAGGGCGUCCGAAUCUCACCUGGUAGCGGACGCGUCUUCUCUCUCACCCUGACGCGAAAAGUCGAGUCAGACGCGUCGAAAAAGUCGAGUGCUGAGGAAGGGGACGAAGAAGCAGAGGAAGGCCCCGAAGGAGUCGAAACGGAGCUGAGCAUGAUCGACUCGAGAGAGCGCGACGUCGUAGCGGAUUGGGUCCGGAAACACCAAAACCUCUUUGGUCGCAAAGCAGGAGACGCCCCAGCAACAGCCGAGGAAGUCAAGCAACAGAAAGCUAAAAUGCCUCAGUACACGGGGCCUGUAACUAUCCACCAGCUGGCUCUGGAGUCGGACAGUGAAGACGAGGAUUUCGAGGGUAGCUCGAGCGACGAUGGAUCUGGAUCGUCUGGCAGCGACGAUUCCGAAUCUGAUGAGGAAGGAUCGGAUGACGAAGAGGAUGCUGAGGGAACAGAUGAGGAGGGUGGAGGAGGUGGAAAUGAGGACGAGGAUGAUGAUGAGAUUGUCGAGUUGGAUCCUAAGCAUCAUCCCCUCUUGCGACCUGGAGCCAUACCGAAGAUGAGUAAAGCGGCGAUGGAUAUGGCUGUAGGGAUUGUGGAGGACGAGCUCAUGGGCGGUGACAGCGGGCCCGAGGAGGAUGAGCUGGAUGACGACUAG